GAUCACUUUCCUCGCAUAGCCCACCGCAAAUGGACGGCGUGACAACACAAGGAAUCCAACAUCCAGGGAGCUACGCUUUUAUGCUCACGAGUAAGAAGGAGUUAUCGAUGGAAGCAGACCUGUAUAGUGGUGGAGAAACAUUAGUGCACGCAGCAGGGGGUGUCAUGCUAGAUGCAAAUACCUUCCCGGAUGGAAAAUACGCAAUGAUCAGCUCGCAGACUAACCAUCCCCACUUCAAGCAGGAGCUAGAGAUAAAACCUGCAAUGCCGAUUCGCGCCUACCUGAUAAAGCCCAAGGGAACUCAGAUGGAAGCAGGCGAAGAUGCUACUACGGAGUUAAGGAAGUGGACCCGAGAUGAGAAAAUAGCAGCCAUGGUGCCGGCAACUCAAGAGAAUUGCAUAGUCUUGUCCCAGCUAAUGCUACCCGGAGGAAUGAAGUACAAAAUGCGAUGGCCUGGUGAUGUAGCCCUACUGAUUUUAGCCCCCUGUGAGUCGCUGGAACUUGAAGAGGUGGCAAAGGAAAGGUCGCACCUCUCCAAAGGAACUUGCGCGUUAUGUGGUUGGACUCCGCCCGAUCUGGACUCAGCAUGGCACAGGAGAACACCAGCGGAGAUAUCAGAUCUAUUCUGCGCGCACAUCGACGAGCACCAUGCACCAGUUGCCCUGUCGGCUCCUGUUCUCGGCGACAAAAUGGAGCUAGUGGCGCGCCAGGAGCAGAUGGAGAAAUAUCAGCAGCUCAAAUCAGCAGCGAAGGCCGGCAGACUUGGUAGCUUUCGUAGGCUAGCCUCGGUAGGUCCUCGCAGAUACGGGUGGAAGAGAUAUGCCGAAAGGUACAGCUGCGAUUACUGUGGGCUAACCUUCCAGACAAAUCUUGGCGCAAUGGAAAAGCACGUGCUUGCGCACCAGGAGAAGCAGGUCAUAAAGGUUGCGAAACUGGUGGUAAGAAGAGCCGGCAGGAUAGUAACGCCGAAGCUGGGAGCAGUUCAGAGGGCGUGGAGACCCGAAGGUCACCUACUAUGUGCCACGGCAGGGGCAGCAUCGUUUGGACCAGACGCGAGACUUGCUAAGUUUCUAAUUCCGCGCUGCGCAUGGAAAAACGCCGCCACAAGAAAUCAGCUGAUCUGCAAGAAGUGCGAAAAAUGGGACAUUGGCUUCGACCCACUGAUAAUGUCCAUGAGAAUGCUGUCUAAGCGAGUGGAUUUGCUGAGAGCACAUGAAAGAAAAUGCAAAGGUGGCAAAAAGGGAGUGAAAAAAUCAUGACACACAAAAACUAAAAAGAUCAUCCAAAGUCAAUUAUAAAGAUCUAAUUAAGACCUCACCGACGAAGAAAUAAGUAAAGCCACUCCAGAAGAAGUAAACAAGUGGAUAGUGAUAGGGAAGAUGCAUCUUCAGUGCCACACGUCACGAAGACAUCUCCAAAAACUCCUAAUUCAUAACUCAGUCAAACCAAAGUGUUUUUGUGAGUACGAAACUGUCUCUUAAUUAAUGGUCUUAGAAGCAAAAUCCAGCAAGUUAAACUAGAUCCAAAACAAGCUUAAGAUAAAAAAGACGAGUUCUUAGGCACAUACCUCUUGUUAGGCACAUUCAUUCAUUCAUUCAUACGUAAGUAUAGGGUGGUUGUAAAAAUUGUCACUUUAUCUAUCUCUUCAAGUUCUACUUCUAAUAAUCACUAAAUCUUGCUCCACUUCACUAAAACGUUACGUUCAUUUCCACAGCCCUUUUGCAUAGCGUUUUGAUGACUCACAACUUGCUAACAAUUAUAUAAACAUGCAUGUUGAUUUUGAAAUAUUAUGCAACAGUCUGCGUACACGCGAUUCACACGAGCAAGAGUUAUUAGACGACACCCGUUUUUCCCGAAGACACCAACACUUCUUCACAGUCUCCGACAUAAUACCGGGCAAAAAUAGAAAGAACCCUUAUUGAAGAUUACUAAUAUGAACAUGAAUUUUUAUCCCGAAAGAACUAACUUUGUAAUCGUCUUGUCAGAGUCUAGCGACUAGAGAUUUUGCAGCUUAUUUCGAAGACGUCCGUAGCCAUUUUGGCUCAAGGCCUCGUCCUUGUUGCCCGUUACCUACCAACCGCAUAGUUAAUGCCUAAGAUCCAUUGUCCUGGUACACGUAUGGCUGCGCUCAACGAACAAGUCAAUCAAUCAAUCAAACCAUCAAUAGCAAGAUCUUCCCUGACCGGUUGGGUCGCUAAUGGGGCUAGUUUCAUUAGGUCGGACACGACUCGUUCUAGCUGAUUAUGAUCCCAAAAAGAUGCUGGAAAAGCGCAAAAAUUGAGAAGCAGAGGAGUAGAAAAGUUAAUGCAACACAUAGCACAUGACCAGCAUCGGAAUAGAAGACAAAAUGAAAGAAGAGCGCGACUCCAGCUAAAGAAGAAAACUAAGCGAAUGCAAAUCGAGUAAAGGCGACAGGGCGGGGCGCAAAUGGGUUUUGCGAUUGGAAUGGGCAGCCAUUGCGCGCAAAGGCUGGAGCGUCUUCGUUUGGCCCAGAUGCCCGACCUGCCAAGAUUCUGUCCCCACAAACAGCCUGGAAGGACCCGAGCACGAAGGACAAGCUGAAGCGCCGAAAGUGCUGCAGUUGGGAGCUAGACUUCAACCAUCUAACGAUGAUGCUUAGGAUGCUAUCGAAGAGAGGAGACAUGAGGAGGGACCACGAUAAAUGACGCAAAGAAAAAAACACAAAAAAGGGAGGGAAAAAAGAAAGCGGAAAGGGAAGGAAAGGGCAUUUUCAAUUUAUCAGAAAUGAUAUAAAACAUUGCAUGCAACACCUCGCGCUAGGCACAUUCAUUCCUG